CCCCGGCGCUGCCCGAAGAUGGCGGCCGUGCGGCUGUGCCGGUGCCGCUGCCGGGCGCUGCUCUCCCGGCCCGCCGGCGCUGUGCGGGCGCGCCGCGGCUUGGCCGCGGGGCCGGAGAUGCACUUCGGCUUCCAGACCGUGACGGAGGAGGAGAGGAGGGAGAAAAUUUAUCAGGUCUUUGAGAAUGUGGCAAAGAAAUACGAUGUAAUGAAUGAUUCAAUGACUCUAGGAAUUCAUCGGGUGUGGAAGGAUAUCCUCGUGCAUAAAAUGAACCCUUGCCCAGGAACACUCCUCCUUGAUGUUGCUGGGGGAACAGGUGACAUUGCCUUUCGAUUCAUUAAUUAUGUUCGCUCUGUACGACAACGCCAGCUCCAGAGGAAGCUCAAGCACCAUCAGAAUUUGUCAUGGCAGGAAAUUUUUGAGAGUUACCAGAAAGAUGAAUUUAACUCACUAGGGGAUUCCCAGGUGGUGGUCUGUGACAUCAACAGGGAAAUGUUAAAAGUUGGGAAGCAGAAAGCAGAGCAUCUUGGCUACUCUGAAGGCUUGUCCUGGGUACUUGGGAAUGCUGAAGAGCUCCCCUUUCAUGAUGAUAAGUUUGAUGUUUACACAAUUGCCUUUGGGAUCCGAAAUGUAACUCGUAUUGAUUUGGCACUUCAAGAGGCCUAUCGUGUGCUGAAGCCAGGAGGAAGAUUUCUCUGCCUUGAAUUUAGUCACGUCAGCAACCCUCUUCUUUCCAGGCUCUAUGAUCUCUACAGUUUCCAGGUCAUCCCUGUUCUGGGUGAGGUUAUUGCUGGUGACUGGAGGUCUUACCAGUAUCUUGUGGAGAGCAUCCGACAGUUCCCCCCUCAGGAGGAGCUGAAGGCAAUGAUAGAAGAUGCAGGCUUUUUCAAAGUGGAUUACGAGAAUUUAAACUUUGGCAUUGUUGCCAUUCACUCAGGUUUCAAACUGUGAGUCUGUGUAGCAAAACACCAAAAGUAUAAUUUUCGUGAGAGAUAUGAAAGCUGUGGAAUUUUCAUGGUACCAAGAGGAGUUCUAAGAACUUGUGCAGCAGAUACUUGCUCAGCAGCCAGACUCAGAAGAAUACAAGUUACCUCUCCCCACCAAGAAACCUCUGAAGUGACUCCAGUGGUGUUUCUUAUACUUGCAUUUCCCUUCAAGUGUAAAGGAUAUGACCAAAACCAAGCAAUGCUAACAAGUGAAGCAAGUUGGCAGUGGGUGUGGGUACAGUAAUAGACUGAUUAAUCUCUAAAUAAGAUGCCUUUCUUUUUACUAAGCUUUAAGGAGGAUAUUAUACUUGUGAGAAGUAACUUGGAUUUAUGAAGUAACUAUGGACUUUUAUGAAGCUGUUAUUAUCUUUGUCAUGUGAAGUUUAAGGAUUUUUUCCCAUGACUCCUUUACAUCUUUCAAAGGCAAAUGGAAGGCUUAUGAAAUAAAGGACUCUGCAGCAACUUUUUUCCACCUAAA